AUGCGCAUAAGAGAAAAUUUGAACAAUGCAAAAUAUUUAGAGCCUAAGAGGAGAGGAUCUAACAGUGGUAAUUUUUGUUUUUUCUUGUUUGGAUUUUUAACUGAGAAAAGAAAAAAUGAAAAAAGAAUCAUAAGUGUUCUUGAAGAGUGCAUUUCUUCUACAAAAAUCCCGCCAGGUCAGCAAAUCCCAAAGGCAUUUUGGGUGAAAUGUUGUGGCUCUUUAUCAAGUCAAGUAUUUCUUAAGCUUCCAUGUGGAUCAACAUGGGAGGUAGGGUUGACAAAAAGUAGUGAUGGGAAGGUAUGGAUAGAAAAGGGUUGGGAUAGAUUUGCACAACAAUGUUCAUUAAGCCGUGGAAAUAUCUUAGUUUUUGGAUAUGAAGGAAACUCUGAGUUCCAUGUUAUCAUAUUUGAUAAAACCACUAUGGAGAUUGAUUAUUCUUCUAAUCCUAACAAUUUUGACAAGCAUAAUGUUGUUGAUAUUGAUGAUGAUGAUUCUAUUGAAGUCUUGGACAGUUUUCCAAGGUAUCCCAAAACCAGGGACAAGUCUCCAAUACCAUGUUCUCGGCCCCAAAAGAAAAUGAGAUCAAGUGUUCCUGUUAUGCAAAAAGGAAGCUUACCGAGUAAAGUAGACAAAUCUACCCCGAAAAGAUACCAGAAACCGUCGUCUGAGAUUGAGAAGCAUAAUGUUGAUGAUACUAAAGAUGAUAUUUCAAUUGAAGUCUUGGACAAGUCUCCAUUACCAUGUUCUGCCAGGCCCCACAAGAAAAUGAAAACUAGUCCUUGUGUUAAAUCUGAAGCUAAGUUUGAUUUGUCAGAUGAAGUAUGUGGAGAAUCUCAAGUACUAAAGGAGGUGGAACCUGAAAAAUUUAUUAGAAAGAAGUGUUUGAGUGGAAAAUCAAAGGCUAAAGCUCUUAUGAGAGCUAAAGGUUUUAAAUCUAAAGACCCCUUUUUCAUAGUUCCUAUGCAACCAUCUGUUGUUGGAGCUGGGUUUCGUAUGAAUGUACCAUUUCACUUUGCAAGAACUUACCUCAGUAAGUCUCAAGAUGUGAUCCUUAAGGUUCAGGACGGGAGGAACUGGUCUGUUAAGUACUUUUCUAGACAGUACGAAGGAUCUUCAAGAUAUUCAAGAUUCGAGUGUGGUUGGAAGGCAUUUGUUCAAGAUAAUGAAUUGGAAGUAGGUGAUGUUUGUGCCUUUGUUUUGAGGAACAGCAUUGAUGAUAUAACUUUAUUCGAAGUGGUUAUUUUUUAUUAUGAUAAAGAUAAAGCGAGAAUGAUUUCACAAAACUCGGUUGCAAAGAAAGAAUCAGGACUUAGCAGAGCUUGUGAAGCAGCCAACCGAUUCUUCUCGAAAAAUCCUUACUUUCAAGUGAUUUUGCGAUCGACACAUGUGCAUGGACAUGUACUGUAUAUUCCAUUGAGUUUUGCAAGAGAUUAUUUAGAGGGAAAGACUCAAACUAUUGUUCUUUGGGUUGGUGAGGAAUGUUGUUAUGUUAAGUUGCUUGUUAAUGGAUCAGAUUAUAAGUUUUGUGGUGGAUGGUGUGCCUUUGUGAGAGACAACUCUCUUCAGUUAGGUGAUGUGUGCAUCUUUGAGCUACUUAAGGGAUAUCAAGCUGAGAUGAAAGUUCACAUAUUUAGACAAACUGGUUUGAUUCAACAGUAGUAUAACUAUAAGUUGUAAGUAUGCAAAUCAUAAGAACCAUUUUGGUACCAACAAAUUUGCCAAGCCACUUAGAUUAGUUUGUAGCUUUGGACUGUAAUUGGUCAACAUGACCCUGUUGAAGGUUAGUUUUUUUGGUUGCUUGUUAGAUCCUUUAAUUGAAUAUAGUGACUAAAAUAUGUACUUGCUUUAUUAUAGUCUCUUAAGCGACCCAUGCCAAGUUAUGAUUUCUCCAUAUCAAAGAUCAAACUGCCCUUGUUUUUAUAUGUUAUUAUUACCUGAUAAUUAACUGUUUGUUUAUUGAGGAAGAAAUUGUGAGAUGGCCUAGAUUUGUAGUAAGGAAUCUUCUUCUGCCUUUGAAAGAAAUGAAGAACCAUAUCGACUAGUUAAUUAAUUCCCAGUGCUGAAUUGCUAACAUAUAGGUCUUAAUUAUGAAUUAGAAAAAAGUUAAGCAAAGUGUCUGUUAUAAUAUAAAAUGAUAUAAGGAAAUUAUUGUUUCUUGAAUUCUUAUUAUUUCUUCUUUCCCAUACUUGUUUCUUGCUCUAGCAUGGUCAUUUGUCUGGUAUUCUCUAUUGAUUGAAAGAAAUAGGUUAU